AAGCUGCAGGUAUGGGAACUUUGGCAAGAUGGGUGAUGUUGUGUGCAUUGAUGUGGGUGUGGGCGGCCUCGGAGACCCUCUACAGGUUAGACAGCUACCCCGGCAAUUGCUACCUCAACACACGGAACUUUUCAGUUAACUCCAUCAUAACCUGUGCCAUCUACUGCAGGAUCCAACAAUGUGUAUUCUUCUCUUUCAAGGAUGGCGUGUGUGUGGUGCACGACCCAGGGCUGGAUCAGCAGGUGGGCGAGGAACAGGCUCGAGUCUUCACUCCCUACCAACCAACCGCUCCCGUAGACGUUGCUCGCAGCAAGCCCACACUUCCAAACUUUCAGUGGGGCUCCAUGGUGUCACCUCGGGCUGUGGACGGCAACAACACGACGCAGUACCACUCACGGGGCACCUCCCCGUCACUCUCCUGGUGGAGGGUCGACCUGGGAGCCUUCUUCACCAUCACCUCCGUCGACAUCCUCCCAACCAUCAACGUUGCUUCUCGGUUUAGGAAAGUGGAGAUCCGGACCGGCGCCACCAACAUCACAGACGGUAACUUUACAUCCUAUGACCUGCUGGCUUACUAUACCGGCCCCUGGAACGGUAUAGGCAGGCUGGUGUUCCCGGUGAGCGGAGGAGUCUGUGCUCGCUACCUCACCGUCCAGGGCUCCGUCGACUUCCUCAAUAUACUCGACCUGAAGAUCUUCGCUUAAUUUAACACAACUCUUUUAAACUUUCAUUUACAUUUUCUUGGCACAUAUUGCUUGAACAUAGUUCUUGUUUUCUUAAACCUGUACUCGGGGAUGAUAAUAAAUGUU